AUGCAGGCCUGCUUCGUUCUCUCCCUCUCUGUGGACGAUGCUGGUCACGGCUACUGCACGGUCGCCGCCAAGUAUGCCGUCACAAUGGAUCGUCAGAACGCUCUCAGGCUCGAUCCUCCCGGCGACAUCGUCGAUGCUGAGCUCGCCUCCCGCGAGUUCCAGUUUCCUUACCCGGAGGCUUAUUCCAUCCAGCUCGAUCUGAUGCGCCAGGUCUUUUCAACCAUCGAGGACGGCAAAGUAGGGCUGUUCGAAAGUCCAACAGGUACAGGCAAAUCGCUCUCACUCAUCUGUGCAGCGUUCACGUGGCUCAGGCGGAAUGCACAAAGGCACACUAUCGCCACCGGCGAGAUCAAUGGCGCUUCGAGCUCGACAGAGAAGGGCAGUGCAGGGUAUCAAGAGCCCGACUGGGUGGUCAAGUAUGAAAACGAGCGUCGCAGAAAGGAGGCAGAAGCGUACGAACUCGACCUCAAGGAUCGUAUCGCUGCUGCACGUGCGAAGCAAACUGCUCUCAAGAAAAGUCGUCGAGAUGGCCUUCUGGAUGCGGAAGCGAGGGCGGCCAAACGGCAACGUCGCGCAGCUGACGACGACGGCGACCAGGACUCGGACUCGGACCUGCUGAUCGACGAGGAGGAAGGCAGUAAAGGAGCGAGGGCGCUCCAACUGGCUACCUACUCCAAGGCAUCCUUGUCCGAAAAGUCAGCCGAGAUCGACUCGAAUCUCUCUCCUGCUGUUCGCGCACUCAUGCAGCAAUACGAGCUAUCACGCAAUGGCGGACGUCAGGAGGAAGACGAGCCUGAAACGCUACCUCGCAUCAUCUACGCCAGUCGGACGCAUUCGCAGCUCUCACAGUUCGUUGCCGAGCUCAGAAAGACAUCUUACGGGCAGGCGGACGUACUCGACGCAACAACGCUACCUGUCCGCACAAUCAGUCUAGGAAGUCGCAAACAGAUGUGCAUCAACGACGAAGUACAGCGUAUAGGUCGCAAAAAAGGGUCCGAAGCGAUGAACGAGCGAUGUCUCGAGCUGAUGAAGGGUAAGAAGGGUAAAGGCAAAUGUCCUUCUUUGCCUUCGUUUGACCAGGCUGGCCGUGCACAGAUUCUCGAAUUCCGAGACGCCGCUUUGGCCGAGGUGGGCGAUAUCGAGGACCUGGUCCAGUUGGGCAAGCAAACUCAAACGUGCCCCUACUUUGCCGCACGCAGCAGCGCCAAACAAGCCGAGCUGGUCACGCUCCCGUACAAUCUGCUGCUUCAGAAAGACGCCCGCAUCGCGCUUGGUAUCAGUCUCGAAGGAUGCGUCGUUCUGAUUGAUGAAGCGCACAAUCUGAUCGACACCAUCCUCUCGACGCACUCGGUGAGCGUCGACUCGCGACAAAUCGCACAAGCGUCCAAGCAGAUUGACACCUACCUCGAAAAGUUCGCCUUGAGACUGAAAGGUUCGAACGAACAGAACCUUCGCAAGGUGCGAAAAGUGCUAUCGAGUAUGUCGACCUUCUUCACAGAGCAAGCAACCACAAGCAGAAGAAACAACGAGAUGGUCAUGACAGCGGUCGAAUUAGUAAGUCGUCUAACGGGCAAUUUGGAUCAGAUCAAUCUUGUCACGCUCGAGAAGUGGCUCAAGGAAACGCAAAUCGCAAGAAAGAUCAGCGGAUACGCAGACAAGCGCAACAGAAGGGCAGCAGACCAGGCGACAGCGAUAGCACACCAGAGCAACAGGAAACGUCACGUUGCCAACAAGAGCAGACACUCGUCAACGGUCCCUGUUCCACACGCUGCUGAGGAGACGGAACCAUCUGCUGCCGGUCAGAGUGCCAUAUCCAGCAUGCAUGCGAUCGAAGCAUUCAUUCUUUCCCUUGCCAACCGUACCGAGGACGGCCGAGUCGUGCUCAGUUCUGCGACCGACACCGCGACAGGCGAGACAAUAGUACGAGCCAAAUAUCAGCUGCUCAAUCCCUCGCACGCCUUCAAAUCGCUGGUCGACGAAGCGCGCUCCGUGAUCCUAGCUGGAGGAACGAUGGAGCCCAUGUCGGACUUUCGUCAACAGUUGCUCCCCUUCGUUCCACCUGAACGUCUGCUGACUUUUUCGUGCGGUCACAUCAUACCGCCGAGCAACUUGAUGGUCUCUGUACUAUCAACCAGUCCCAAAGGACUUCCUUUCGAAUUCAAAUUCGACUCGCGUGACAACCUAGAUCUCGUUGACGAACUCGGUCGAACGCUCGCCAACCUUUGCAACGUUAUACCCGCAGGCCUAGUCAUCUUUGUGCCUUCGUAUGCAUUUCUAGACAAGGUGAUGGGAAGGUGGAAAGACGCUGCUUCAGGAGGGGUACUGCAGAGGUUGAGCAGCAAGAAGAAGAUUUUUACGGAACCGAAAACCACGAUGGAAGUGGACAAGGUGCUCGGAGAGUACACUGCUGCCAUUCGAGCAAAAGACGAGAAGACGGGAGCAUCGAGCGGCGGCGCUAUCAUGUUUGCCGUGGUCGGUGCAAAGCUGUCGGAGGGUAUCAACUUUUCGGACGAUCUGGCUAGAGGUGUAGUCAUGGUCGGGAUGCCGUUCGCCAAUAUGCAAAGUCCCGAGCUAGCUGAACGGAUGAAGUACAUUCGCGAGCUUGCGGCCAAGCACGAAGCAACUGGAAGUGACUCGAAGACCAGUAAGACAGCUGAUCCUGGUCAUGAGCUAUACACCAAUCUAUGUAUGAAAGCGGUCAACCAGUCGAUCGGUCGAGCUGUUCGCCACCGAAAUGACUAUGCGGCGCUCAUCCUUCUCGAUCGUAGAUAUGCACGUCCCGAGAUCAAGCAGCGUCUACCUGGAUGGAUCCGCGACCAGGUGACUGUCGCCGACCGCUUCGCCUCUGCCCACUUUCGCAUCGACGUCCGCUCCUCCACCAUCAUACUUGUCGGCAUCGUCGCGCACACAAUGCUAGCCAGAUCAGCCCUGCGUCGCAGCCUCAGGCUGACAGGAGCUCCAGCGUCCACAGCCACACUCAAAGCAGGCUGUUCUUCACCGCGACUGGUCAAGCGAAACUACGUCCAGCAGUCGGCAUCCAUCCCUAUCGUCGUAGGGAGCUCAUCGACAUCGCUUCGAAGCUUCGCGACCACUCCUCGAAGGCAGGCUACCGAGAUCAAGCCUUACCUGCUUGCCGAUGUGGGAGAGGGCAUCACAGAGUGCGAGAUCAUCAAGUGGUUCGUUCAACCGGGCGCCACCGUCCAGGAGUUUGAUCCCAUCUGCGAGGUCCAGUCCGACAAGGCGAGUGUAGAGAUCACAUCGAGGUAUGCCGGAAGGAUCAGGCGGCUGAUGCACAAGGAAGGCGAUGUGGCUAGAGUUGGACAUCCGUUGUGUGAGAUCGAGAUGGAAUCCGAGGGGGCUGCUGAAGCGGAGCAGGCGGAAGAAGAGGUUCAGAUCACGGGCGUCUCCAGCGAUUCUGAGUUCAAAGCUGUCGACAUGGAAGGUUUCGUAUCGGCUGAACACAAGCACUCCAACGGUGGUGGUCAUGCAGCGAACAAUGGAAAGGACGUUUUGGCCACACCUGCGGUAAGAAGAGUGUCGAGGGAGCACAAUGUCGACUUAUCCCAGGUGAAUGGCACAGGUCGCGAUGGAAGGAUCACCAAGGAGGACGUACUCAAUCACGUCUCCAACGGUGCCUCCUCUUCCUCCGCAUCAAGCUCUUCCACCUCUGCUCCGUCUCCUGCUGCACCCGGAAUCACCGAAACCAUCGACCUUACACCAGUCCAGAGAGCCAUGUUCAAAGCCAUGACCGCCACACUCUCCACCCCCCACUUCGCCUACUCUGACGAGAUCGACGUGACCGACCUGGACAAGGUUCGCGUCCUACUCUCUCAAUCUAUCCCGGACCGCUUCGCUCAAGCCGGCGAUGCAUCCUUCACCAAGCUCACUCUGCUGCCUCUGCUGGUCAAGGCGAUGAGUCUUGCCCUUCACGAUCAUCCCAUGUUCCGCUCCACGCUCAACAGCGAUCAGAAGCUCGUCCGUCGUUCAUCGCACGACAUUUCCAUCGCCCUCACCAGCAAGGUCGGAUUGCUGACUCCUUGCAUCACCGACGUCCAAGCCAAAUCGAUCUACGACCUUUCCGCAUCCAUCACUCGGCUACAGACCGUUGCAUCGUCGUCGAAAGGCCUUUCCCCCGCCGAUCUCAAGACGACGGGCACCAUUACAUUAAGCAACGUAGGUGCCGUCGGCGGUGGAACAUACACCCAUCCUCUCCUGCCUCCUACCGGACAACUGGCAAUCGGUGCUUUGGGCAGAAGCAGAGUCCUCCCCAGAUUCGCGUCCGAAAUCCCCUCCCUCGCCACCUCGGAUCCAGACAAGAUCGUCCGAAGACUCAUUAUGUCCGUCUCCUUCGCCGGCGAUCACAGAGUCGUAGAGGGCGCAGACCUCGCACGACUCGUAAACAGGUGGAAGCUGCUCGUCGAAAACCCUUCCCUCUGGUUGGGCCUCUUGGCCUGA